UUUUAUUUUCAUGCAGGACCGGCCGAUUUGUUUUGAUUUGAAUUCUGCACUCAGUUUUCAUCGGAAUUUUCAAAAAUUAUUUAACAAUUUAGCCUAAAAAUGUCCCAUUUAGUGAGACUAUUGCACAGAAAAAUGGUGGCUAGCAGUUUUACCCGGUUGUAUCAUCGGUACCUUUCGACAGCAACAACGGUAAGGUACUGCAGCACGCAACAACAGACCGGAAACGAACCUCCUAACGAAGGUACCAAGCCAGUUCUAAGUGGAUUUGCCAAGGCAUACGAAAAACAUUCUGCACCGGUUCCGACGGAAGCCGACCUUGAACCCCCAAAGACUUUUGCCUCGCUGCUGAGGAAUUCCAAAUUUAUCGAUUUAGGUGAUCCGGAAAAUAAAAUUGUGAGCGGAAAGAUUUUCCAUGUGGUCGGCGAUGACCUCUAUAUCGAUUUCGGUUGGAAGUUCCACUGCGUUUGCUCGAGGCCAGCCAAAAACUCCGAAGAAUACGUCCGGGGAGCAAGGGUCCGUUUGCGGAUCCGAGAUCUGGAAUUGUCGACCCGGUUUCUCGGUUCCGAUAAAGAUCUAACGCUGCUGGAAGCCGACUGUCAGCUUCUAGGACUGAUUUCCAGUCCAGCUAGGGCUCAGCAGCAAACUGCCGGCAGCAGGUCGGCGUUGAUCCCGGAUAAACCUGAAGAGUAAGUUUGAUUUUUCUGUUAUUAGUUAAAGGUUUGUGUAGUUUAAAAUAAACAAUAACUGAAUGUGGA